AUGGAUGAGCUCUAUCCAUCAAUAGGAAAUGGAAUUGUCGUGGUGACCCAUGUAUUUCUUGUCGUAUAUCAAAUUGUUUUCCUGAUCUCAUUGCCGAUUAUGAUGUUCUGUAUGAUUCCAGGCCUGUGGAUACUUGCAUAUGCUGCUAGUGGCUUUGCCAUCAACUAUGCAAUUGUCAUGUUGGUGUUGAACGGCUUCCAGCAAAUCCUGGUAUCCCAAGUACCAGUAGCCGAGCGACCAGGCCAUGAGCGGGAGCGCUGGCUAUUUAUAAAUGGAAUUGCAGCGGGAAAUCGAUGGGUACAGAUGAACAUCGAUCAACUGUCAUACACGUUUGGCCGGAAGGUGACAGGCGUGCAUAAUCGCACUGCAGGAAUUGUCUUCGAUCUGAUCGAAUGUUUGAUUCAACGGGACUUUGCAUACGCUACUGACGACAUACGACGGUCGUAUGCAUUGGUCAAGGAAGCUCUCUUGGACCCGGAAUGUGAUAAGGUUGUUCUCCUUCUUCAUAGCCAAGGUGGCAUAGAAGGUGGGCUUGUCAUAGACUGGCUGCUGGACGAGCUACCACACGACCUCCUCCGUCAUUUGGAGGUAUAUACAUUUGGAAACGCUGCAAAUCACUUUAAUAAUCCACGGUGGACGAAGUUACGACCCGGAAUGACCCCAGAACCUGACUCGGUACCUCAAUUUGAUCAGGCGAUCGGAUACAUCGAGCAUUAUGCCAACACAGUUGACAUUGUAGCCCUCGGAGGGGUGCUCCAUUUUGUGGAUAUCCCAAACCGAUAUAUGGGCCGGUUGUUCGUCCGCCCAGGUUCGGGCCAUGUGCUGAACAUGCAUUACCUAGACAAGAUGUUUACUCUAGGUCCUGAUAAGAAGGCCCUGGACUCUAAUCCAUUCAUGGACAUGGAGGUUGAGCCGUGGGCAACCGCGGAUAUCAGAGACGAUGGACCUCUGCAUCGAGCGAGGUAUCAGCCGAUCAUAGGCCGAGACGAGACGUUUCUUCCCCCCGAACUGAGCAGGCAACGACCGCAAGUAAAUGGGGUCAAUCGAGUCCGUCGUGUAAAGGAUUUCAGUCGACUCUGGCAGUAUAGAAACGGGGGGAGCCCGAAGAACAGAAGUGCACUGGUCAACGGUGAGAGCCAUGGCCCACCUGCAUGA